AUGUUCCAUGAACAGCACAAAUUAAGAACGGAUGAAAGUGAAGAAGUGAAUGCAGAUACAAUGACUGCGAACUUAAAUUGUCAAGGAAUUUUUGAAAAAAUGAUGAACUUAAUGUUUAAAAGAACAAAUCUUAAUCAAGAUAAUACAAACCCAUAUGCAAACAAUAUUAUGAACAAUAAUUGGGAAAAUAGUUUUUAUAAAAAUUCAAAAAACUCGGAGAGUGAAAAGAUUGAAGAAUAUGUUCCAUCUCCAGAUGAAGUUGAGAGACCCAAGUUCAUAUAUACAUUAAAAUCAGGAGAUUAUAUGGUAUUAAAAAACCCUUUGCCUCCUGACUUAUCUCCAGAUGAUGCAAUAUCAUAUAUGAAUGGAAGAUUUCAAUUUGAUGGACAUCAACAAAUAGAAAUUGAAGAAGACACAUCAAGCUUUGAAGAGCGUUGUUUCGAUGAAAGUCAUGUGGAAUCAAGAGAUAUUAAGUAUUAUGUUAUUGUUACAUUCAUUCCUGUUACAGGAAUACUUAUAUAUUGUUGGCUUAAGUCUGAAAGACCGAAAUUUGCAAAACACUUAUUAAACUAUAUGUUUGGUUGUUUUAUAAUUCUUGGAUCAUUGUUAUUAAUCAUAUUAAUUUAA